GCCACUAGCUAAAUAUUUCUCAUCUUCACCUCAUCCCCCCUUUUUGCCGGUCAACUUCGCCCUUCACGUUUAUUAUUAUUAAUAUUAUCAUUUGUUUCUUCUCUCGGGGGGCAAACCUUCUUACUCUUCACCCUCACCUCGAUUCCACAGCACUGAGCACAAACACACGGUAACAGGAACCCCCUCCCCUCAUCAACAACACAAGUGAGCACACAAGGAGGGCACAAUCGACACAUCAAACAAAGGUCAGUUUAUGAGAAUAUUUGCGCUGUGUGAUAAGACAAAGGACCUACGGUAGGAAGCAACAACGAGGUGCCCUCGCACCUUCGCAUCAUCGACGCAUUUGUUGCGGGUGAUCUUUACCUUGCUCCUUCGCAUGCGUGAGGCGCUCUCGUCCUCUUCCUUGUUAAGCAUUCCGUUGAAGGUGUAUUUCUCCUUUCUUCUUCCUCCGGCUUCACCUUUUUUAGAAGCUGCUAAACUCCGUUCUUAUUUUCCGUGGUUACCCUUCUUUCGUUUUCCUUCCUUCGAACACGCCGUAGAAGCCGUCUCCAACACGCCAGUGCUGGUUGAAACGCUUCUAUCAUCUUUUUUGUUCUGUCUUCUCUUUCUACCUCGUUUCUCACCGAUCCUGAGCGGGCUCACACAACGCUGUCCUUAAAAGAAAAUUAAUACGAGGAAACUAUUAAACAAGUACAAUAGUUUAUUACAGAGAAAGUGCCUAAAGCCCAGAGAGGAUACAAUACCAAAAAAAAAGAACUGAAUUUUUUAUAAAGGACGAAAUAAAAGAGGCACCUGAUCAGCUUGUCAAGGGUGGCGCGCACGGACGGUACCGAGCUACUCGCCUACGAAAAAUUCCAGUCGAGACCGCGACACUCCUCCACACACCUGUUCGCGAAGGAUUUUUUUUUUUUUCAUUCCUUUCUUUCUGCCAUCUUUUCUUACGAAAGGAAAGAAGAGCACCAUCCCGUUUUCCUUGCUGCAAAGGGAGGGAAAGGGAGAGAUUGUACGGCACACACGCAAACAACAAAAAACAAAUAUAAACAGAAAAAAUAACCGACAACCGAGAUUUGUUUUUGCCUCGGCUCUUCGAAAGGGAUAACAAUUCUCUUCUUUUCUUGUUCUUGGAGUUUAUCCUCUUUGGUUUUGUCCUUUUCACGCUCCUCUCGAGCCUUUUCAUUCGUGUGCACUCUACUUUUGUUUUUUUUUGUUUUCUCUCUAUAGGUUUCUCUCCCCCUUCGUACUGACAUCAUCAACGAUUCUCUUGGUUCUUGUUUGCUUUCUAUAUCUCUCUCUCUCCGUGUGUGAAGCUUUGUGACGCCGCUUUUGCUUCUGGUCUUUUUUUGGUCUCUCUUUCCGUAGCGUUUGGUAGAUCUGACUAGGAAGAGGCCCUCCCCCGAAAAAAAACAACAGGAAUCUGCCAGUUAAGACAUCCGUUUAUGGAAACCUGAAUUCAUUCCUUCGUGAUUCACUGUGCGGACGCGUUAUAUAAUCUAUCUGUUUGAUUUCUCUUUUCUGCUCUGUUGCUGACACAUCAAUUAAAAAUAGACCAACAACAACAAAAAAAAACCGAAACUGUGUGCGUUGCUUAAGUGCAUGGGGGAUAAAUAAAAGGAACGCAUCAGUAAACAAACAAACAACAAAAGACAAGUAUCUUCACUGAUAGCUUGUUUUUUUUUUUCUGUUCUGUUUUCUUCGUGCUCGUUGGUCUCUGUUUUCUUUCAUCUUGACAAUCGUGCUGGAGAGAGGACCUUCACAUUUAAAAAAACAACAACCGCAAAAACACCAAAAAAAGAAAAAGAAAAGAAAAGCAGAAGUGCCUUCUGCAUACACAAAGCGACAUCCCAUUGCCCGUACCCCCAAAACGUGUCGAGCCUCUCCAAUCGGUAGAGCCUUGAACAACAUUUUACUUCCUUUUUUUUCUUUUUUUGUAUGCACGUUACACUGUCCGAUUGAGAGAGCUUAACCCCCACCUUUUCGUUCUAUCUUACCGAUUUAUCAGUGGAAUAUAUAUUUGGCAUGUUUUUCUUGUCUUAUCUUUUCUUUCCUUUGCAUUGACGACUCAAGCUAUUUUCCUUUCUUCUUCUGUGUUUGUUGUGCUGGCGUAUUUCGACUUUCUUUCAACGGAGAAGAAUCUCAGCUGACAAAUAUACUCAAGUUUUUUUUUUCCGCGUUUGCUGUCGUCUGUCAGAAAGAACACAAAACCACUCACACACACCCUUAUCCGGACAACUCGUCUGCUGCCUGAUUAUCCUCUCACGAACGCCUUGAUUCUUGCGAUUGAGUCCUGCGUCUUCCCCCAUUUUUUCAAAUCCGACUCUCACCAACGCAAAAAUAAUUAAAAUAAAAAAAGAAGAAGCGAACGCCGUGCGCUUCCUUCCAUUUUUUUUAUCUUCCAAGAUCGCAAACUCGCUGGUCGCUGACAAAUCGAAAAGGGAAUACAACGAUCUCCUGCGUUUUUAAAGGCUGCUGAUUACGGUGAGGACAAGCACGAGGAGAGAGCCGAUAAGCAGAAGAGACUUCUAUCCGCUUUUAUAUUUCUGUUCUGUUGCGCAUCUUGUUGUAUAGUUACGCAACUGUUUGUUCGCCUCUUUAUCCAUAUUUCUUUCUGUGUGUGGCAUUUGUGGAAUAGUUAGUUAGUUAGUAAUUUAGUUAUAUAUAUAUAUAGAAAGAGCAGCGUGUUGAUUCAUCUCUCACUCCAAAGUGCUGCUUUGUACCUCUGUGCACGUCUUCAGCGCGUCUUUCUUUCUUUUUUUCAAACAGCAAACGCUUCUUUAUUGCUUGAUUACAAGUUUUUUUUGUUUUUGUUCUCCUCCUUUUUGUGUGUGCGUGAGUAUUUCGUCGCAGUCACCGAAAUUCGAGAUAGGCUUUAAUUGUACCCAAGAAGCAAACAGUAUUCCCGCACCAAAGUGGACUUUUUUUUAAAUAGCACGACCGCUUUCUAAACGUGAGACCACUGCCACCUGCCCGUUUUUCUUUUUCCUUUCUCUUCCUUUCUUUAUUCGUUUGCGUUCUUUUGUGUUUGCUGUUGAAGCGAGGGUUUCCAACCAGUCGCGAAGUUGUGUUUAUCUGAUUUGCGGCUGCCCCGCCGUUGCUGGUGUCUGAGUGAACUUUCUUUUUUCAGGUCCAAACUUCUGCUUUUCUCUUUUCCAUUUCUGUGUGUGUGUGUGGACACCUCUGAAGUCCCCCUUUUUUCUACUCAUUAGGAAGGUUUUUCUUUGUUUUACUGACGUGAAGUCAAGUUGGAAAAAAACCCGAAGGAAACAAUCACCCCUUGCUCACUACGAAGAUUUUCUUUGCGCAGCCCUCGCUGACUCGCCUUUUCUCUCAAGGCAUCGACCUGACAGACUUUUCUUUAUCCCUUUUUCCACUGUUUUUCUCUCUCAGAAUAAUAGCAAUAGAAAGGAAAAGCGCGUGCCAGUCGUCCAAAGGUACUGCCGCUUUUCCAGUUGCUUCUCGGAAACUGGAAAGAGAAGAAGAAAGAAAAAGAGAUACGCAACUCAUUUGAGUAGGGGCCAGCUCGCAUUGUAAACACCAACAAAAAGAGAAAGUACUGCAACUUCCUUUAGGAGAGGGUUUUGCUCACUACGGGGUGGGCGCCUAAAGGGUCCGAAGAGGGAAAUUGUGCUUGAGUAAAAGUGACCUGUGCCUUCUUGUUUUUCCUUUCAUUCCUCGGCUCGGUAUCAUAGCCACAUAUAUAUACUGCGACAUAAGAACGGGCCCGUGUGAGAAGAAAAUUUUAUUCUUCUCUAUUUCUUUACGAGUUCCUACCACGCGUAUAAAUAAUCCAUCAACGCGGAGUUACAUCACUUCAGACCUUUGGUAGCUGCUCUUCUUUAGACCUUUUCCAUCCUUUAGUUUCUUCGUGUACGAAUUGUGAGAACCACAUCCUGGUGCACAGCGUCCUCUUGGUUACCUUUGUGUGUUUUUAUUUUUCAGGUUCGCCUCAUUAUUUGAUAUAUCAAAGUCGUUUUUACCUUUGAAAAGAGCCACUACUAAUAAAAAACGUUUUCUUUUCCCUCUGUCGUUUCAUUCGAGCUGCAAAGCUGCCUUUCAGUUGCUGUUCUAAACGUUGGGGACGUACGACGGGCGUGUUUCACCGAGACGGUAAAGCACCGGUGGCCUUCUUGCGCAGUGUCUUUUUUUAAAACCUUUUUUAUUUAUUUGUUAAACUCACCUUCAAUCACGAGGGUGUAUUGCCGAAAAAAGAGUGAAAUCUGUGUUUUCUUCUUCUUUUUAAGGUGGCUUUUAUUUUGUCUCCUCGUUCGCCAUCUCUUAUAGAGACGCCUUGUUUCUUCUUUUCUCUUAUGUGAUUUCUGCACGAAGGGAGCGUGGGUGUGCAUCAUAGCGAGAUCUGUGGUCUUCUACGAAGGUGAAUACAAACCGCUUCUACUGUCUUCUUAUUCUUCUCUUCUUUUUUUUGUUCCUUCUCGAUUCUUUUCUUUUCUUGUCUCUUCUGUUUUGUUUUUUCCAGACUUUUCCUUUCUCUGUUUUCUUGCUAAUUAUAUUUUCAGAUAUCCUGAUCGCCCUAAACAGACAAACGGAAGCGACAGUUUUCUCUUCUGCCUGCUGAAUUCUAACCGUUUUAUUUGAGUAUAUAUAUUUUUUCUUCUGUGUGUCCUUUGACCAGUGUAAGAUGACCUCACCUAUCACUUCUGCUAUCACCCAGUCGACGAACAGCGAGGAAAGCGGAAACGCUUCUUGCGGCACGCACAUCACCCUGCCUUGUGAGCUCGACCCAACCACGCAAACAGCACCGUCGUCGGAGAUGGAAGACCAGCUCUCGUUGAACCCUUCGCUCGCCUCCUCGCACUCCACGACGGUCCCUGAAUGCAAUAGUACGCAAUGCAACACGCCUGUCAACGCGGCAGGAGUAAAGGCUGUCGCCACCGCCUUCCCGAAUCUCCAUCGUGUGACGUCGGUGGAGGGGUGCGGCCUACACGUGCCGGAGAUCUACAAACGCGCUGCCGCAGAUCAACAGGUGCGGGCGGCCAUCGCAGUCAACGUGAAGCACGUCUUUCACUCCCUCACCGGAUUCGACGUGGACGAGAUCUUCGAUCUCUUGUUCGUGGAGGAGACGUGGUUCUCGGCGGAGGUCGUCAUUCACGCUCUCUGCCUGGUCAACCGCAUCUCGCCUCGCUUCCCGUACUGGUGCGCGCACGCGAUUGAAUCGGACACCGACACCUCCAGCUACCACGACUCACCGAUCCGCGGCGGUUCUGCCGCCGCCGCCACGGUUGCCGUGUCGCACGUCUGCAGCAGCACCUCGAGCGACUUUGGCCACCCGGACAACACCGAUGUUCUCUCGGAGGCGUCUUUCGACCUUGCCAGUCGCUCGUUGGCGCGCAGCCGCAGCGGCAGCACGAACAGCCUUGGCGACGUCUUCACCCGCUCGAAUAGCCCGCGGUGCAUGACGGCGCUGCUGCUGCUGUCCAGCAAGUUUCACGGCGACAUCGUGUACAACACCGCUUCGCUGUCCAACGCGGUGAACAAGUUCCGCGACGAGCAGAUGAAGAGGAUGGUAGAUGCGCCCGCGUCGCUCUCGCCCGGGUUGCGCCGCAGGCCUCUCCUGCGCGUACUACCCGCCACGUUGGGCCAAUGCGAGAAGCGUCUCUUCCGCGAGCUGGGAUGCUCGGUGUUUGUGCACAAGGAAGAGUAUCAGCACUGCGCCGAUGUCGUGUUAAAGGGGAUGUGA